ACUUUUGUCCUUUAUCUAAACCCAACAAAAAUAUGGCCACAAAAAAAAAGAAGGUAACUAAGGCCGUCGCCGUAGGGAAGAGUAAGGAAGUGCGUUACAGGGGUGUAAGGAGGAGACCAUGGGGGAGAUACGCUGCGGAGAUCCGUGAUCCGAUAAGGAAAAAACGGGUCUGGCUCGGAUCUUUUAACACUGGGGAGGAAGCCGCCAGAGCCUACGACUCCGCUGCCAGAGAGUUUCACGGAGCCAAAGCAAAAACCAACUUCCCUCUCCUUGGAGAAUAUGGGUAUGCUUCGGUGACGCCGGUGAACAAUGCCCUUUCUGAAACGGCGCCUGAUGGAAAUGCCAACUUCCUUCUCGUUGGAGACGAUGUGAAUGCUUCGGCGAUGCUGGUUAACAACACCCUUUCUGAAACAGCGUGUGAUGGAACACUUCCAUUGGAUUGUCAGAACUUGUUAUCUCCGGGGGUGGCUGAAGCGGUUGCUGGAUUUUUCUUAGAUCCGUACGAUGCUGCUGCGUUGAAAGAGGAGCUUGAUCGAGUUUGUCCAGACCAGUUUGAGUCCAUUGAUAUGGGGUUGAGUAUUGGUCCUCAAACCGCCGUGGAAGAGCCUGAGACUUCCUCCGCCGUGGGUUGUGAGCUGCGAAUGGAACCGGAUCUGGACCUUAACUUAGAUCCCUAAAGAUUAAUCUGAUAUUGUUGUCCUUGAAUAAGUUUGUUCUGCAUGUAUGUCCUUUAUCUUUUCUUUUGGCUCUUCUUGUUGUCUGUACUUCUAUUGGUUGAUUUUGCUUCUAGCGUUAAAACGCUGAAGUACAACCAUGAGAAUUAAACCUAAUAUUCUAUU